AUGCUUCAAUACUUAUCCGAGGGAACAGGGGAUACAGGGGAGCUUGAUAUUAGCAGCUGCGAGCAGACAAUUCGACGGAGUGAUGCGUCAGACAUCCCAAGCCCAGAACGUGAACGUGCAGGAAUAUUCCCUACAGGUUCACCUUUCCUUAUCUCAUCAAAUCUCAGUUGGGAAGAUCGGCCAAAAUUAGCUGCCGGUGCAUCCGGAGCAGCUGCACUCCUCACUUGCUGUGCACUGCAUCCUUUCGACCUUAUCAAAACUCGCAUGCAAGUUGCUGCGGUGAGUGGCGGAGCCAUUCCUUCCUACGGUUCAACGCGACGUGCAAUAACUCGAAUUUACAAGCAAGAAGGCCUCAGGGGACUUUGGAAAGGAGUGGGGGUGACAGCUGCAGCCUCUUCGACUUCAUGGACUUGUUUUAGAUACAUUUUCGAUCGACUUGGUGUCAAGUUUCCCGUUUGGCGGGAGGCUCUUUGCGGAACUUCGAGCAGAACAAAUGAAGUGACGCAGCGGACUUCGCUUGACGAUGUGGCCAGUGGCCUCGUCGCCGGCGUUCUCGUCACCUUCCUGACUCACCCAUUGUGGCUCGCCAAAGCCCGAAUGGAAAUGCAAGCAAAGGAAGCGGAGGUAUGUAUUGGCUUGCGGGCUAAUAUAAUGCAGGCGUCCGGGUGGCCUCAGUUCCGCAACGGCUUUAAUUGCAUAGUGAGCGCCGUCCGCGGUGGCGUGAGAGAAUCUUACAGAGGCGUCGGCCCCGCAUUAGCCUUAGCGCCGCAUGCAGCAAUCCAAAUUGCAGUAUAUGAGCAACUCAAGAGAAGCCAGUGA